ACAUGUUCCCCUCCGAGCCUCAGUCGCAGUCCAGCUCCUUGGCCCACUUCGGCCUGCUCCUGACCCUUGUCCUGGCUUUUGCGGGGGCUCAAGGGAACUACGACUGGUACAGCGACUAUUCGGGCUCCGAGUUGGACUACAUUUUCGCCGAUGUGAACUACGAUGCAGUGUGCCCGCCUGGUGGCUACCCAGUUUGCGCCUCCGAUGGUUAUAGCUACCAUCCAUUUUCGAGCAAGUGCCGCCUGGAUUCGCAGAACUUGAAGUUGCUGUUCGCCGGCAAGAAGGAACUUAUUCAAACUGAUGUGAAGUACUGCUCCUCAUAUCCCGGCCCUUCGUAUGGACCCCCUGCUCCUGCCCAGGGUUACUAUCCCAGGAGCUCGCCCGCCCAGAGCUAUGCCCCCGUUCAGUACUCCUCGUCUUCCGGUCAGAACUCAUAUGCCUAUGCCGCUGCCAGUGGUCCCUAUGGCGCCAAGGCUACAGCCGAGGCUCCGGGUCCGUAUCCUGUGGCUGCUCCCUCCUACUCCGCCCCCGUUGUCUACGCUCCGCCCCCAGCCAAGUAUCCUUCCCGCCCUGCCAAGUACCCCGCCCCAUUCUCAUCCUACCCCGCCUACGCCGCUGUUCUGAGCUAUGCGGGCACCACCAAGGCGCCAACCACCGGAUCGACUGCGUCCUCGGCCACCACAGCUGCCAGAUCCACCACAAAGGCCAGCAGAUAUCCAGCAUACCCCCAGGACCCAACAACCACGGUGGCAACCACUAAGGCGGCAACAACCACGGCGGCGACAACCACAGUGGCAACUACAAAAGCAGCAACAACCACAGUGGCAACCACCAAGGCGGCAACAACCACAGUGGCAACCACAAAGGCGGCUACAACCACAGUGGCAACCACUAAAGCAGCAACCACUGCAGCUGCAACAACCAAGGCGGCAACCACUGCAGCAGCAACAACGAAGGCGGCAACCACUGCAGCAGCAACAACGAAGGCAGCAACCACUGCAGCAGCAACCACUAAAGCAGCAACCACUGCAGCAGCAACAACGAAGGCAGCAACUACUGCAGCAGCAACUACUGCAACAGCAACUACUAAAGCAGCAACCACUGCAGCAGCAACAACCAAGGCGGCAACCACUGUAGCAGCAACAACAGCCAACCCUAAUAACCCCUAAGAAAAAGCAUCGAUCAGCAGCACCACCAAUGAACAACACCCUUGAACGCCUAGCAAAACCACCGAGAAACCACCUGAAGAUAUCAUCCAACGAAAUAUUAAUUUUAGCCACAGCAAUAUGUAGAGUGUUCAAUUUAACCAAAAUAAAACAAUCAGUACAGCAUGUAAACAA